GUCGGUCUCCCCACUCACUCUCUCAGGGUCACACAGGCAGGACUUUCAGGGAUCCACUUCUGCACGCCAACUCAGCCGGGACCACCACAGCCAGCCAGCCAGCACCGGCCAGAGGGAGACACAGAAGAGCCACCGGAAACGAUCCAGCCAUACCACUUCUUGACUGCUCUGAGCUUCACAACGUCUCGUCUCCAGGGCACAGUUACCUGUCUGAUAGUUGUGUGCGUGUUUGCGUGUGCAUGUUUUACGUGUGUCCCAGCCCCCCGUCAAUUAGUGCAUUAGUAUGCAGGGUGCUUGUAUGUCAGUCUUGUGUGUGUGCAUAUGUGUGUCUGUGCUCCUCCGCAGUGCGAUUUCACAGUCACAUACAGAAAGUGACACCUACACGGAAUGCACAGAUGGGUAUCAUUGGGACCCUCAGACUGAGCACUGCAAAGACAUAAAUGAGUGCGAGACUAUUCCAGAUGCCUGCAAAGGGGAAAUGAAGUGCUUCAACCACUACGGCGGCUACCUGUGCCUUCCUCGCUCUGCGUCGGUCAUCCCUGCUCCAGAGCCCCCCAUCACGCCCACUGAGGCCUUCAACCCCUGCCCCGUGGGCUACGAGCCGCAAGGAGACAGCUGUGUGGAUGUUGAUGAGUGUGAGCGAGAUGAACACGACUGCCAGCCCAGCCAGCAAUGCAUCAACACACUGGGAGCCUUCACCUGCCAGUGUCCGGACGGUUACCGCAAGGUUGGCACCGAGUGCAUUGACAUCGAUGAGUGCAGGUACAGGUACUGCCAGCAUCGCUGUGUCAACGUCCCUGGUUCCUUCUCCUGUCAGUGUGAACCUGGAUUCCAGCUGGCAGGAAACAACCGAUCCUGCAUUGAUGUGAAUGAAUGUGAGAUGGGUGCCCCCUGCUCUCAGAGGUGCUACAACACUUAUGGCACCUUCCUUUGUCGCUGUGAUCAGGGCUACGAGCUCGGGCCCGACGGCUUCGCUUGUAACGACAUCGAUGAGUGCAGCUACUCCAGCUACCUGUGCCAGUUCCAGUGUGUCAACGAACCAGGGAAGUUCUCCUGUGUGUGCCCAGAAGGAUACCAGCUGCUGGGCACCAGAAUGUGCCAGGAUAUAAACGAAUGUGAAACCGGCGAACACCAGUGCACAGAGGCUCAGACCUGCGUGAAUAUCCACGGACGAUACCAGUGUGUGGACAACAACCGCUGCCAAGACCCCUACGUACAAGUCUCUGAGAACCGCUGUGUGUGUCCCGUCAACAAGCCAGCCUGUCGAGAUCUGCCCUUCUCCAUCGUCCACCGCUACAUGAGCAUCACCUCGGAGCGCUCCGUCCCCUCCGAUAUCUUCCAGAUUCAGGCCACCAGCGUCUCAGCGGGGGCUUAUAACACCUUCCGCAUUCGCUCUGGUGACGACAAUGGAGACUUUUACAUCAGGCAAAUCAAUAACAUCAGUGCCAUGCUGGUCCUGGCCCGUGCCGUCUCGGGGCCCAGAGAGUACACGUUGGACCUGGAGAUGGUGUCGGUGAACCCUCUGGUCAGCUACCAGGGCAACUACCAGACCAGCUCCGCCCUCAGACUCUCCAUCUAUGUCGGGCCGUACACCUUUUAAAGGAGAGGAGUGGAGGGACCCAGUGAGAGGGAGAUGGGGGAGAAACAAAGAUGCAAAAAGCUGUAAAAACAAAAGUGGUGGAUGCAGUUCAACCAGUCACUGUGAUGUUACACUAAUAGCUUUUCUACUUAGUCGACCAAAGAAAGUGACACUUUUCUGUCAGCCCAUAUUACGUGUAAGAAUAUACAUGCAGUACAAUAUACAAACACAUUGUAGCAGCAGUGUCUCACAGAUAAAUAGCCUUAAAUAAUUAGUCCGACAAAGUUGUUCCCUUGCGUUUAGUCUGACGGUCUCCCGUUGGGAUGUUUACUAUUAUUUUGUACUUUACUGAUCUGAUCUGACGGCAUCGUUCUGCGUGUAAAAGGGACGUUACUUCUUUUCGUCACAUCUGUUCAGGGCGAUAACAAAUCUGCGUGACAUAUUUUAUUUCUGCCUUCAGGUGGAAUGAUUCACGCCCGGCGUCACUAGAUUAAUCUGUUUUCACCAGUUUACAUCCUUAUCUUCGGUUCGCCUCUCCGUUUGUCACUUUAUUCCUGUCGGCCUUGUUUCCCGCUGACAGACGUGAUUCAGUAACCACUCACAUCAGACCUCAGCACUCACGCUCCUCCUUCACCCUCCACUGUUCAUGCCCAUGUUCGAGCUCUCCAUCACUGCCAUCUCUAGGUUUGUCACCUUGCUGAUUGUGUUGUACUUUUUUGUAUUUUUUUUUAAAGAUUUGAACACAAAUAAAACAAUAUACCUUCCAA